AUGACACUGAAAAGUUUUCCAAGAGGUGGGAAAAAAGUUCAAGAAGAAAAAUCGUCGAAUUUGCUAUUUAAGAAACAGGAAAAGAUCAGUAAGAAGAAUCAUAAGAGAGAUAAAGCAAAAGCAGAGAAUGAAGAAGAAGAAAAAAAUUUUGUUGCUAUUACUGCAGAUCGAUUGUCAUAUGCAACAAUAUCUGAAGGAUUAAUUGUGUUAGGAUGCAUUUCUGAAGUAACAGAAUAUGAUUUAAUGAUAUCUUUGCCAGGUGGCAUAAUAGGUCAUGCUCAAAUUACAGAUAUCAGUGAUUCUUACACAAACUUGUUACAAAGUUUAAUUAAAUCAGAAAAUUCUCAGACAAAUGAAUUUAAACUAUUACCUGAGUUGUAUUCUUGUGGAGAGUAUGUUGUGUGUUAUGUGAAAAGUAUACAGCCACAAGAGACGUGGCAAAUUGCAAUAUCUCUUGAACCCAGACUGAUUAAUCAAAAUUUGAAUAUUAACCAUAUAGAUGAUGGUUCAAAAAUAGUAUGUACUAUUAGUAGUAUAGAAGAUCAUGGUUGUGUGGUAGAUGUAGGCUUACCAAAUGUAAGAGCAUUUAUACCUGCCAAAGAAAGUACUAAUGAAAAGUGUUUAUUUCCAGGUAAACAACUUUUAUGUUAUAUCAAUGAAGUUAAAAUAAGUGAAAAUAAUUCAAUAAUUAAAUUAUCUGCAGCACAAAAGUUAGCUAAGUCUACUCAUAACACAGAAAUCAAAUCAUUGGACAGUUUAUUGCCUGGCACAACAUUUAAUCUGUUUAUAAAAAAAGUUUUAUCAAAUGGCUUAUGUGUUUCUUUUGGUAACAACUAUGUAGGAUACAUAAAUCAACUAUAUUUGGAUCAACAUUUGUCCAAAUACUCAAAGGGAAUGGAAAUCACUGGCAUAUUACUGUACAUUUUACCAACUGUCAAGUUUGGAUACUUCAGUUCAACAGUACAUAAACCUAGAGAUAAUACCAUUAAAUCUGGAGAUGUUAUAGAGGAAGCUACUACUUUAUUCAAAGAAGCUGGUGGAGUAGUAUUACAGUUAACUAAGAGCGGGAUGCGGGGAUUUGUUCCCUUAAAAAGAACGAAUGUUGAUUAUGAUAAAAUUACUGAAAAAUUUGUACCUGGUUCCAUACAUAAAUGUAGAGUAAUAUCCUUCAGCUGGAUGGAUGGAACUUAUUUCUGUACAAUGCAAUCUUCAUUAUUGGAACAGAAAUAUUUUUCUCUAUCUGAUUUUAAACCAGGUGAUGUGGUAAACGUGAAAAUUACAAACAUUAAUGAAGAGACUGGCUUCAUUAACGUACAAAUUGGUAAGUUUCAUGGACAAGUUGCACCCGACCACGUGUCUGACGAGGGCUUAAGUGCUUUAAAAAAAUUAAAAAUCAACAAAGAGGUCGAAGCAAGAGUUUUGACCGUCAAUACUGCACGCCACAGAGUAUAUCUUACUUUGAAGAGGUCACUGAUAGCAACUGAUUUACCUAUACUAACUGACAUACAAGAUGCAAAAUAUGGAUCAAAAUAUUAUGGUACUAUUGCACAGAUAAAUAAAUACGGAUUAUUAGUAAAAUUUUUUGGGGAAGUCAAAGGCUGGCUUCCAAAAAUUGCCCUUAUCAAGGGAACAUCUGAUGCAAAUUGGAACUAUUCUAUUGGACAAACAAUCUUGGUAAAAAUUGAAUCUGUGGACGAAGAUUCAGGGAAGAUGAUUCUAAGCUUAGGUAGAAACAACUUAGGUACAAAAGUGGAAGAAGUUAAGUUCGUUAUUGGUGAGCAAGUAGAAGGAACAAUAACAGAAUCGUCUAUUCAAGGGGUGUAUUUGCAAAUUAGUCGAAAUGAUGGACAAAGUGUUAGCACUGGCUUUUUGCCAACUGGACAUAUGUCACCCUGCAUGGACACUGCAGCUCUAUUAGCAUCGAAGUGCAUACCUGGAGAAACUCUUUCUGCUUUAGUAUUCGCUACGGUACCCAGCUUGAUCUUAACGAGAACCAUUUUACCCGAAGAAAAAUACAGGAACUUCGAAAUGUUGAAGGAAGGGAAUUAUAUACCUUGUUCAAUCAGAGACUUUGAACCAGAUGGCAUUAGAGUUAUUUUACCAGUUACAGGAGGUGCACCUUUCGGAUAUAUUUCUUACAGUAACGUUAGUAAUUUUAAUCUCUUAUGCGUGAAUCAAAUCUUAUUUGCAAAAGUCACAUCCAUUAAUAGGAAGAAGAAGGAAUUGGGUUUAACACUAUCACUGAAAAAGAUAUUUGAUGGACUGCGUAAUUGUAGAAGCAGAAUGGUGGUAGCUGUGGAUACUUUGUCUUUGUACUUCAAUAAGCUAGCAGAACUAGCGAAAAAUUCAUUUUACAAAAACAGACCGAUUUCAUCUGUGAAAUUAGGACAAAGAGUUGUAGGAAAGAUUGAAAAGAUUACAAACGAUGGUCUGGUUGUUCAAUUGCCAAAUAAUUUGUUGGGUAUAGUGUCUAAAGACCAUUAUGCUAGAAAAAAAAAAGUAGGAGAUAAAAUUUCUGGCACGAUUAUGUGGAAGAAUUACGUGCAUGAACUCGUUGAACUGACCACCUUGCCUUCUGUAAUGAAUAAAAUAAGUGCAAAGCAAAAUAAGCAACUGCAACUUCCUGAAGGGAAACUGUUCAAAGGUAAAAUUUUAAUGGUAACCAAUUGGUUCCUUUUAAUUGUACUAAAAGGUAUUGGUAAAGGUACUUUGGCUGCAAUGCCUACACGGCGUCACAUGAACGACAUACAGCCAGACUUAUCGCCUUACAGCGUUCAUUCAAAAAUCAGAUGCUAUGUUCUAUUAAAUUCCAAUGAAUCCGAUAUUAUGCCAAUCUGUAUGGUGAAGUCUGCAUUUGAAAAAAAGUACUGUAAACAAACUGAACAUAAAGAGGAUAAUAAUCUGAAGAGAAAGACGAAGGUAAAGAAAAAUAAUGAAGUACCUGCUAAAAAGAUAAAAACUGAAGAGGUUGAAGUUCCAGUUAAAAAAGAGCAUAGUGAGGAGAAAUUAGAAGAAGUUUUGGAAGAAAAGAAUUUAAUGAAGGCAAGUGUUAAACAAACCAGGCAAAAAAAGGUGAAAAAAGUUAAACAAGAAAAGGAGGAUGAGGAGGUUAAGCUUACAGAGGAGGAUAAAACAAAUGUACAUUAUAACGUUGAUGCUUACGAGGAUAAUGAGGAAGAACCAAGAAUUCCUGAAUGUGGAUUUUUCUGGGAUGAUAAACCUGAUGUGGCUUUACUCAAAAAGGAAGAAUCAUCCAGUGACAGCGAAGGGGAAAAGGAGCAAGAACCAAAGCAAAAAAAGAAAAAAUUAAGUGGUGCUGAAAGUAGAGAACAGGAGAGACAGAAAGAGCGUGAGAUUCGUCAAAGGGAAGAAGCAUUAGCCAGUAAUCAGUUACCAAAUUCUGUGGAUCAAUUUGACAGACUGGUUCUGGCGAGUCCAGACAGUUCUAUAAUUUGGUUGCAAUACAUGGCAUACCAUUUGCAAACAACAGAAAUUGAGAAAGCUAGAGCAGUUGCAAGAAAAGCGGUUAAAACCAUUAAUUUUAGGGAAGAGAAUGAAAGGCUCAAUGUUUGGAAUGCUUGGUUGAAUUUGGAAUCAAAGUUUGGAACUCCUGAAUCAUUGAAUGAUGUUUUCCAAGAAGCUGUCAGAAGUAAUGACUCACUGAAGAUAUACAGUCAUAUGUUAACUGUAUAUGCUGAAGCUGGCAGACAGAUUGAGUUGGAGAAGAUAAUUAAUACUAUGAUUGGAAAGUUUAAGCAGAAUCCUCAAAUAUGGAUUGACUGUGGUGCAACAUUGUUAAAAAUAGGUUUGAAAGAAAAAUCCAGACACAUUAUGCAGAGGGCAUUGCAAUCUUUACCAGCAUCUGAACAUGUGAAUUUAAUGGCAAGGUUUGCAGUUUUGGAGAACAAGUUUGGAGACAAAGAGAGAUCACAGACCCUCUUCGAGCAAAUUUUGAAUUCUUAUCCUAAGCGAGUUGAUAUAUGGUCAUGUUACAUUGAUUCUUUAAUUAAAUCCAAUGACAUUGAUAUAGCAAGAAAAGUACUGGAACGGGCUGUUGUACAGACUCUGCCACCUAGGAAGAUGAAGUCCCUGUUCAAAAAGUUCAUCAACUUUGAAGAGCAGCAUGGUACUCAAGAAGACGUGGCGCGUGUUCAGCAGAUGGCUGUUGAAUAUGUAGAAAAACAAUGUAACAAAGAUGCUUGA